AUAACCUUAAAUAAAUCAUUUCAUAUAUACCAAAUGAUUUAAAAGUAUUCAAACUGGUUGUCUCUACUCUAAAAAUCAUUGGUAGCUUUUUAAAUGCAACAAUAUUAACUGUAAUUAUAUUCAUGACAUCUACAAUAAUAUUACAAGUAAUUAAUUAUUUUAUUGUGAGGAACAGGAAGAUGUGGACCUUAUGCAGUUCCUUGGAGCCAACACCUAUCGUUUUUCUUUGUCAUGGGCCAGAAUACUACCAAUUGAAUUUAAUCCAGAGGGAAAAUUUGGCAAGGUCAACAAGGCUGGCAUUGACUACUAUAACCGCCUAAUUGAUGCACUUCUCCAAAGAGGGAUAGAGCCCUUUGUGACAAUAACACACUAUGACAUUCCUCAAGAACUUGAGGACAGAUAUAAAGGGUGGCUAAGUCCAAAAAUUCAGGAGGAUUUCAAGUAUUAUGCAGAUAUAUGCUUCAAGAACUUUGGAGACAGAGUGAAAUAUUGGGUUACCUUCAAUGAACCAAAUGUUGCAAUCGUUCGUGGCUAUAGAAGUGGAUUGUGGCCUCCAGCACGUUGUUCUGCUUCAUUUGGCAACUGCAGCCAUGGAGAUUCUGAGACUGAACCUUUCAUUGCUGCCUCUAACCUUAUCUUAUCUCAUGCAUCUGUUGUCACCCUCUAUAGAACCAAAUAUCAGAAAAAGCAAAGAGGGAGAAUUGGAAUUGUUAUGAAUGCUAUUUGGUUUGAACCGUUGAGUAACUCCAGGGAAGACAAGCUAGCUGCUGAGAGAGCUCAAUCAUUUUUCAUGAAUUGGUUUUUGGACCCAAUUAUACUUGGGAAUUAUCCAGAAGAAAUGCAUGAAAUUCUAGGACCUGACCUCCCUUCAUUUUCUAGAAAUGAUAAGCAAAAACUAAAGACAAGUGGAUUGGAUUUCAUUGGAGUCAAUCACUACACAAGUUACUAUGCAAAAGACUGCAUCUUCUCUGCUUGUGAACCAGGAAAAGGGUCUUCAAGGACAGAAGGUUUUGCUCUCAAUUCUCCACAAAUCAAUGGUUUCAGCAUUGGACAACCGACAGAACUUGACUGGUUGUAUGUUCACCCAGAAGGAAUGGAGAAGAUAGUGACAUACAUAAAGAAUAGAUACAACAACACACCAAUGUUCAUUACUGAAAAUGGACUUGGGACUUUAGAGAAACCCAACCCCACAAUUGAGGAUAUAAUCAAUGAUGUCAAAAGAGUGGAGUAUUUGAGCAGCUACUUGGAUUCCCUUGCUACAGCAAUCAGGAAAGGGGCAAAUGUGAGAGGGUAUUUUGUGUGGUCAUUGCUUGACAACUUUGAGUGGACCUAUGGAUACACUAUUAGGUUUGGACUUCAUCGUGUUGACUAUGCCACUCUCAACAGAACUCGAAGGUUCUCUGCUUUGUGGUAUAAACAAUUCAUUGCUCAACAUACUAAUAAGGCUUGUUUGUCAUCAUCAUGAUUUGCAAACUAGCUAAGAGAGCUCAAGAAUCCUGGAAUUAAAGCUGAUGUAGUUUAAUUAAUUAAUGAAAAUGAAAAUAUCAAGCAAGUCGUUUUUAAUAUGGCAUUGCUUCUUGGGUUUUAAAAAAUCAUAUACAGCUUCUAAUGUAUGUGUUCCUUUGUUGGAAGGAAACGAGCUGUAAUUUAAUUUCUUGAGUUCUAUGUAAAAAUAAAAAAUGGUAUACGAGGAUCAUCAAGUUAAGAGAUAUGUGAUGUAUAUAUAUAUAUAUAUAUUGUUAGAGAUA